UUUCUAUCUUAGUCAUCUGAUCUUCAAAUGUGAACGCGUGAGAAAAAUAGUCUAUGGUUUGUCUUACAACGUGUUUGAGGAAUUUCGUGUCUUGUUUAAAAAUUAUAAAAUAAAACAUAUAAAAAUGUCGGAUAUAAAUAUGACGGAAAGUGAAGACGAUCCAGUGGUUAAAGAGAUUCCUGUAUUUUUAUCUAAAACUCUUGAAAAUAAAUUAUUUAUUUUCCAAUAUCCUAUUCGUCCUGCUCGAGAUGGAUAUGACAAUGCAACAUUUUUGAAAACUUCAAUAAAACCAGAAAAUCAAGAGGUCAGAAUAGAAGUAGCUGUUGAUACGUACAGCAUUAACUAUGAUAAAAUGAAAGGAAGGCAAAUUGCCAUUAAUGCCGAUGGUAAUUCUAAAACUGAACAAGAAGACGAUGAAAAAGUAUUUGAUAGUGAUCUAAUGGACAAAACAGUCCUGCAUUCUUCUCGUGCAUUACCAGAAUGUACAAAUUAUGCAGCUGCAGUUUAUCAAGACGGUGAAUUACAUAUCACUCCACUGAAAGGUAUUAUACAAUUAAGGCCACAAUUUAAUUACCUUGAUAAAAGUGAUAAACGUGCUAGGGAGGAAGCUAAAACUAUAGGCGAAGAUGUUGAAGAAGAAGAUGAAGGUCCUAAACAAGUAAAUGUGACUUUUGAUAGACAAACACCAGAUUUUCUUAAAAAAAUGCAAGAACAAUCUUUUCAACAUUUUUCCAAAAAGAGUUCAGAAGAAAAAUGGAUACAUACAAACUAUGCUCCUGUUAAUAGUACACAAUCUGAACUGACACGUUUGGAAAUGUUUUGUUCAUCUACUGAGGAAACUAUAAAUGCAUUAAAUUUAACAAAUAAACAGUAUUUAGAUAUGUUAGCACCACCUAUCAAUCAAGAACAGUAUUCAAAAAUUGAAAUCUCAAAUCAUAUUACAUCUCUUAAUUAUAUUAGAACAUUACCACUUCUCGAUCAAGUCAGGAUUCUUAUGAAAGAUGCAAAGGUGAUAUCAUUUACUCAGCUACGAUUAAUUUUAUCAUCAGAGCACGAUACUGCAGCUGUAUUGAAAUAUUUACAGCAAGUAGCUGUUUUAGUGCAAGGGAAUUGGGUUGUAAAUAGUGAACUUAUUUAUAUUAAAGAUAGUGUAUCAUCUCAAAAUGGUAUACCAGCAGAACUCAUGUGCAGAGCUAGAGAUUAUAUCUUAUUAUCAUUCACUGAACAACAAUUUCUUGAUCGGAGGGCCAUAUCUACUGUUAUCAAACUUCCAUCAGAGGAAAUAAAAGAGAUAUUUAUAAAUUUAGCAAUACAUAUACCAAAAAAAGGAUGGCAAUUGAUUGUACCAACGAAUAAAGAAUUUCCCGAAAAAUAUCCGGAAAUAGCACAAAGGCAAGAGAUGUUCUGGGAGGCGAAAAGAAAAUAUUUACGCGAGACAUUAGAACCACAAAAUCAAGUACCGCAACGUCAAAGGAGAAGAUCUAAUAGAGAAUCCGUCGGUUCUGAAAAUGAAGAAAGAAAUGUUGGCCGGGGAAAAAAAUUGAGGGAUUCGUCGAUUUCGGACGAUAGUGCAUCAGAAACGGUUAAACAUAAGAAAACGAGUAGAUCUAGAAAAAUUUCUGAAACAACAUGACCAAAACCAUCGAAUGAUUAGGAUACAUAUAAAUCUAUAAUAGCGUUUAUAGGUAUUGUUAUUAUAUCCAAAAUAAUGAAUUAUCGCAUAUGUACAAUUAUUAAGCGUUUGUUUAAUACACUGCCGUACGAUGAGACCGUCUCCGUGAUAUAGUGAUUGUUAAUAUCGUUGCUUCUCACCAGGCGAAUUCGGGUUCGAUAUUCGACACUGUCCUUUGAGGGAUUUUUUUCAGGAAACAAUAAAUCUGUAACAGAGAUUAAUCCAAUCUCAUGAGAACAAUUAAAUAGAGAAGUUAUUUGAUACAAGAUAUGUAACAAAAUCUGGUCACGAAAAUGAAGUAAUACGUUGAUCAUGUUUUUUUCAUCGGAACUACAGGCCCACGGGACUGGCUGGCUAGUUAAACACUUCGUAGGCCUAAGUCCCAAUGUAAAUUAUCGUCCCAGGAAAAAGAAAAACCUGCCGUACGGUAAAUAAAUUAAGAAAAAUAUUCAAAUGACAUUAAAAGAAAUAAAUGAUGUGAAGUAACAUUUUUAUCGUCACGUAUAUACAAUACAAAUAAUAACAAUUUGAUUGCAUUCGAUGAAAUGAUUUAUCAUGUUCAUAAAUAUUGCGUUUUUAUUCCAUUAAAAAUAUUUUUUAAGAA